AUGCAGAAGCCUACUGGAAUGGCUACCACUACGGCUAUACAUUACUAUAAUGUCAGUGCACAAAUGCACAAUUGGGUCAAUCAAUAUAAUACACAAGAUCCUUAUCCUAUUCAUGCUGGAGUGCGCUCGUUUCAAAUAUUAUCUGCAAUAGGCAAUGAAAACCGUUUAGUCUAUAACGGAUGGAAAAUACUGUUCCCAGCACGAAUGGUAUUUCAUGGAUAUUAA